GGGCUGGGGCCGAACUGCGCAGGCGUUUGGGGUGGGACGCUCGAGGGCGCUUGCGCCGCUCCAGAAACGUUCGAACGCUGUCGGUGGGCGCCUGCGCGUGGGAAGAUGGCGGAGCGCGUACCGAAGUCCGUGCUCUUCGUGUGUCUGGGUAACAUCUGUCGAUCACCUAUUGCAGAAGCAGUUUUCAGAAAACUUGUAACUGACCAAAAUGUCUCAGAUAACUGGAGGAUAGACAGUGCAGCGACAUCCACGUAUGAAAUAGGAAACCCUCCAGAUUACCGAGGGCAGGAUUGCAUGAGGAAGCAUGGCAUUCCCAUGAAUCACGUUGCCCGGCAGCUCUGUGACAGUGGAACCAUGCAGUCUGCACUCCUCCCGUCAGCCCUGUUCCAGGGUGAGAUGCUCCGUGUUGUUGCUCGUAGCAGAGGCUCACUCAUUUUCAUUGCUGGAUUCAGGACCAUUUCACAGACUACAGCUUAUUUAUCCAGCCUGCUCCUGACGGACAUUUGGGUUGUUUCUAGUUUGAGGCUGAAUGCCACUGUGACUAUUUGGGUUACCAAAGAAGACUUUGCUACAUUUGAUUAUAUACUAUGUAUGGAUGAAAGCAAUCUGAGAGAUUUGAAUAGGAAGUGUAAUCAAGUUAAAAACUGCAAAGCUAAAAUCGAACUGCUUGGGAGCUACGAUCCACAGCGGCAGCUCACCAUCGAGGACCCCUAUUAUGGCAGCGACUCCGACUUUGAGAUGGUGUACCAGCAGUGUGCGAGGUGCUGCAGAGCCUUCCUGGAGAAGGCCCUCUAGGCGGCCCCACAGCUGUGCGUCCGGUCCUGCGUCCGAGUGUAGUGACUUCUGUGGCUCAGGGUCACAGCUGUUCCUUCAGUGACAGUGUUUCUUCUUUUAAAACAUGAUUGUAGAUGGAAGUCAGUUAUAUUUGUCAGAAGAAUAAAUAAACAUUUUUGAUUCAGACAGUU